AAAGUUGUCAUUUUUAGAAUAAAUUUUAGUUAAAAAAAUUAAAAUGUUGCAAAAAUUAAAUCUACGGUGUGGAUACUGUUACAGACCAACUGCCAAGCGGUUAGAAAACUACAAAGUUAAAGACGACUUCGAAUGCUAUUCGGAAAGUUACAUUAAAUGUUUCUGGGGACUGUGUGACCAUCAGAGAAAUGAAAGUGACUUUGUCUCUAAAAAAACAGAGAAAGAAUUGGCAAAGAAUUUGAGAAACGUCAAAUUGUCAAACGCCAGCUACAAGCAUAGUCAUUAGUCAACUUUCUAAACAGACAAAAAUAAUUAUUUGGUCGAAACCUCAAACCUAUGAUACCUAUCUAUUUGACGUUGGUUUACGUUUAUCUAGAACUGUGUGUUUAUAAUACUGUUUAAACAAAAAUAUUACUUAUUUUUUAGGAUUUAAAUACCGAUUACAAUUUUUUCCAAUAAAAAAUUACAACUUUUGUGAGUUUCUUUCAUUUAUCAGAGGAAGUAAUUAGUAAAUAUCAAUUUGAAUGAAAUAUGAAGUCUGCUCAAGCCGAGGAUCUUAAGGUAGAAGAGUUGGAUGGUAAAGCAAAGUUACGAAAAUGGCUUAACAUGAAUUUUAGAAUAGAAAUGACUGAUGGAAGAGUUCUUAUAGGCGUAUUUUUGUGUACAGAUAGGGAUGCUAAUGUGAUUUUAGGUGCCUGUUCAGAAUAUUCUAAAAACAGUGAUGGAGAGCCACAAGAACCUCGAGUAUUAGGACUAGUUAUGGUUCCAGGACGACAUAUCGUGUCUAUACAAAUUGACGAUACAACACCACCACAGAAAUAUUAUUAUGAUGAGUAAUUUUACUUAGUAAUUAGCUAGGUUUUAUUAAAUUUGUAUUUAUAAAAUGGUUAA